AUGCCCGACCAUCCACUUGCUUCGUUCAUCUCCAUCAAUUUUCUUGUCCUCCUUAUUGGGAGCUUGAAGGAAGAAGAAAGUAUUAGCUCCAGACGAAGAUGUCUAGCCUGCAUGUGUGCUGUAACAUUAAUCAGUGCAACGGGCCCCACGUUUUAUGCGCCAAAAGGGUUUGCUGCGGAUAUGACGACCAAGCCUGGUGUACAAAAAGCUGUAUGCAGAAAUUGUGGUGGCCGCGGUGCUAUAAUAUGUGACAUGUGUGGUGGCACAGGAAAAUGGAAGGCCCUCAACCGAAAGAGAACAAAAGAUGUUUAUGAAUUCACAGAAUGCCCAAAUUGCUAUGGCCGCGGGAAGCUGGUCUGCCCAAUUUGUCUCGGAACCGGCGUGCCCAACAACAAAGGACUCCUGCGGCGACCGGGCGCCAAAGAGCUGCUGGACAAGAUGUACAACGGCAAGCUAUUGCCGAGCUCGUAGAUACAUAGCAUCUUCAGUACUGCAUAGCCAGGAGUAUAGGGCCACCUCUUGAAAGCAGAAGA